CCUGAUGAUGAUAGUGUCAAACGUGCUGCUUAUAAACAACUUCUUAAGGAGUAUACUGAAAUUAAGCUUUUGACGAGGAAGUUGGCCUUGUCUCUCUCUAAAGAGGAAAAGAAGUCCCACUCAUUGAAAAGGCCAAAAGAUGCUUUUACAAGAUUCUCUGUUUCCAACCUUUCGUCAGUCAUUGAUUCUUUGACUCCUGAUCAAAAGAAGAUUAUUGAUAAUUUUGGAUUUGGUUCUCUACUUCAUUUUGAUAAGUGCUUUGUUCCAAAUAAGUUUGCUCAGUGGGUUGCUAGGCUUGUGAAUCAUAGAUCUGGUGAUAUUGUUAUUGAUGGCAAAGUUAUUUCUCUUACAAAGCAAUCAGUACAUCUAGUUCUUGGUCUCCCAAUUUCUGAUAAACCUUUUCCUGUCAAUCCUGCUACUGGUAAAGCUGUGGUUCUGUCUAAGUUUGGAAAGAAAUCUAUCCCGCCGGUUUCCUUCUUUGCGAACAAAUUCUUGGAUAAAGAACCUAUGUCAGAUGAAGAAGUCUUGAUUUGUUUCAUUCUGGUUGCUAUGCAUAGUUUUCUGUGUGCUAAUUCAUCAGUGACACCUAGUUAUAAGUAUUUUGGUAUAUUUGAAGAUCUUCAUAAUGCCAAACAGUAUGACUGGUGUGGGUAUAUCUUGGAUUGGUUGCUUGAUUGUGUUAAGACCUUUAACCGAGGAAAAUGUUCAAAGGAUUAUGAUGGUGGUACUCUUGGCGGCUGCCUCUAUUAUCUUGCUGUGCUUUAUUUGGAUCAUGUUGAUUUUGGUGCUCGUCAAGUCUCUGAUAAUGUUCCCCGCAUAACUGUUUGGAAAGGUGGUAUGAUUCAGGAAUAUGCUGAAUUUGAUAUGAAGUCUACUGGUUCUUAUGGUUAUCAUCCCUUACUUGAUCAUUCUCAUACUUGCUAUGCAAAGGAUCUCAGAUUCUUGGACAACCCCUCUGCUUUGAAUUUGGAUGAGUCUUUUCUAGAAAAGCUUGAUUCAUUUUCUGGUUGCAAUCUUCCUCUUACUUUGAAGAACAAUAUCUGCUGCCUUAUCCAGAAAUUUUGUUUCAAUUGUGGUGUUUCUAUUAAUAUGAAUGUCCAAUCGAUUAAUUCAUUACCUGAUGAUUUGAAAGCUACAUUAUGUGCCCUACUGAAGCAUGUUUAUUCAAUUGAUUCACAUUCUAAGAAUUUAGUUCUUGAUCUCAUCAAGCUGCUUGCUGAUUCUUUUGGUGAUGAUGAUCUUGGUACUGCUCCUUCUGGUAGUGGCCCUCAUGGAAAUAGUCCUGUUUUCAAAGAUGAUGGUGAAAUUAAUGCAGAUGUUAAUGACGAUGUGCCUUUGUCUCAAUACGAGCUCCAUAAAGCAGCACAAUGUUCCCCAUGCAAUGAUAAUUCUCACAUUGGAUAG